UUCAAGGGGUAACAUGAUCCAAAGAUACCAAGCGUGCACCUGACUUCAAGCAUGUCCUUGUGGUCUAUUAACCAGGUCUGUGGUCAGGAUAUUCCUAGGACUGUAAACUGCUGUAGCCAGCCAGGAUUUUCCACAUCAACAUUUUUUUUCCUUCUUCAGCAUUGAUCAGAAGACUGGACUCACCCAGGAUUGCUUGGUUCCAAAGGUUAUCUAGAGAAGAGUUAGAGACCUGUGCCCAAUAACUGUAUUUAGAUUGGAGUGUGUAUUUGAAGAUGGGCUGGUAUCAUUCAAUUAUGGUUCACAUCUAAAGAUAUCACUGCUUUUUAUUUACAUUUAUCAUGUUUUUAUUUAUCUAGGUCAGUUCUGUUUUGUUUGGAACCUGGUCUAGUUGAGUUGGAGAUGCCCCUUCCACCGCUACUCCAGAAACGGGCUCACGCUCUACAGAGACAGCUGUUGUCUGAAUCCCUCCUCCAAGAACUGGAAGUAUUUCUCAAGAGACAGGGUAACCAAAAACCAGAGAAGCGGCACCUCAGUUUUAGUAGUGAGGAGAAUAUAUUAAGCUUUGACCAGCAUGAAAACAUUCGCUUGGAGGAAAAGUUUCGCUUGGAUGACCUGUAUGCUUUGGAAGAAGUUUUUGCCAAACAUAAUUUGAAGGAAGCUGAGACGGAUGACGCAGGUGGGACUCAAAAAACCUCACUGAACAGACGCAAGCCAAAGGAGACAGUGCAACGGGAGGGAAAUCUGACUCUGAGAGAAUUUCAAAAUGUUCUGUCGGACCUGUUUGGAUCAGAGUACUGGGAUGACCACAUGCAGCUGCUUUUCAACAAGGUUGACACAUCUUGCGAUGGGUAUGUUGACUGGAGUGAGUUCUGUACAUACAUGCUGUUACAAUACAAGGAGAAGGAUUACAUUGUAGCUCGAAAGACAACAUUCCUGGGGCCACCUGUGAUAAAGUUCUGUCUUCGUAAUAAGCAAGAGCCAACGAGCAGGAUUCUGGCGAUCACGCACCCUCCUCCCCUCUGGUUUGUGAGUGUUAGUAAAGGAGGGGUCCUCACUGUGUGGAGCUCUGACCUGCACCCACAAAGGAAUUAUGAGAUCACAAGCGAUUCUCAUGAUGCACAGUCUGGCAAGAGGAGAUUUAAAUCCUGGACCACGGAUGCUGUCUACAUGUCCAAUGUCCACAAAAUCGCUGUGGCCACCACCAGUCGGGACAUACACUUUUUUGAUGUCUCCACUAUGAACAUGUUUGAAGAGUUUCAUUUAUAUGGUUUAAGUCAUGUUCCAACCUGCUUUGGCUAUUGGUAUAAUGUAAAGUCUCCUGGAGAACGCUCACUCCUUAUUUGGGGAGACGACAGCGGAGGAAUUAAUCUACUACGGCUUCUGAAACCAAACUCUGGCGUGUUUGAGAGACCCUUUACCCAGCAGCCGGGUCCCCACAAAAUUUAUAUGCAGGACUUAAAAGAUCACAGCAGCCUUCUUAGCUACCAAGCCAUUCCCAAUGUGCACCCAGAAGCCAUCACCAAACUCCAAUAUAUCCCGAAACAGGAACUCCUCAUCACAUCGGCAGGCAGUUCUACAUCCUCCAUAGUCAUCAUGGACAUCCACCAGAAAGGAAAGGUCUACACCUGGAACAUUAGCAAGGGUGUCCGAUGCUUUGACUAUUCCAAGACAAUGAACUUGCUCGUUACCGGGGGCCUAGAUCACAAAGUCAGACUAUGGAAUCAGUACGUCCCAAGUCGACCAAUUGCAGUACUACCAGAGCACACCAUGGCAAUUCUGGAUGUGGCCAUUUAUGAACCCCUGAGACAGAUAUUCAGCUACUCCAAAGACUCGGUGCUCAAGGUAUGGGAUAUCUUCUCGCACAGCUGCCUGCAAACUCUGGUGUUAAAGUUUCCAUGUGUACAACCUGGCCGGAUUCAUGAGCAGGGCAACUUUCCUUUCCUGCUGGUUCCAAAGACUACUCCCCAGCUGCUGGUAUCAUACUCCGAUUACAUUGGGAUGCUGAGGCUGGCCCAAGCCGACCCAGAAGAGGACACUUUAGUGACCCACGAUGCUCCUCUUUCUUCAGUGCUGUACAACAGCUUUUUCCAUCAGGUGAUAACGAGCAGCGAGGAUUCAACAAUUGCUGUCUGGGAUGUAGAAACCGGUACUAAAUGCCUCCUACUAAACAAUGUACACGGAAGUGAAGAGAUUACAUGCAUGUCGUUUGACCGAUCCCAGCGGAAGCUUAUUACUGGUGCCAGGAAUGGAACUUUAAAGGUUUGGAAUAUUCAGAAUGGUCACAAUCUACACCGGCUUCAGCCUGUGGAUGAAGCAGAGAUUACCUGCGUUCUGCCGCUCCGUGAUCACACAUUGCUCAGCGUGGGAUGGAACAGAAAAAUUGUCGUAUAUGAUGUUUCUAACAUGGAGAACAUGUACGUUUCAGCGGAUGUGUCAUGGCGAGGGGGCCAUCCUCACAAAGAGGAUAUACUGACUGCAGACUUCUGCUCUUCCCUGGGGCUCCUGGUCACGGCCAGCUUUGAUGGGGAAAUCAUUGUUUGGAACGUGGAAACUCAGAGGGUCUAUCUGUACCUGAGGAAGUGCCCCUACAGCAGGAGUCAGCCCCCCGUGGAUAAAGUCUUGUUUCUGCAUCAUCGUGCCACUUUGAAAGAUGCGGCAAUUCUCAUCAGUUCAGAGGCCGGCACCCUACGCUGGUGGAGUAUAUUUUCUCAUCAAAGCAAAUUUGGGUAUUUCUAUGUUCCUAAUCAAAUGGACGACUCUGUCUUUGCUUUGUCAAGUAAUGAGGUCAACAGUGUGCUGGUGUCGGGAGACACAUCCGGUUUUAUCCAGGUGUGGGAUAUCUCACAGUACGCUUUGCAGGCCACAGACCAGCUACAGGAGGAAAGACCACCAUUGCUGUUCUCCUGGAAAGCUCAUGAUUCCACAGUUGUAAAUGUUGAGAGUUUUCUUUUGGACUCUGAACAUUUCAUUGCCAGUGGGUCCUCAGAUCAAACGGCCAAGCUGUGGACUCAGAAUGGGAAAUGCGUUGGAACAUUUGGCCAAUCCAAGACUUGGAACCUGAGAAACCCGUCUACGUACCAGUAUUGCACGACCGAGGACUCUGAGAAUAAGCAAAGAAGGGAUCUAUUAACGGGCAAGCAGCUCCACAGAAGAGACGAGGGAGGAGGGAGAACAUUUCACAACGAGAUAGAAGAAGAAUCAUUAGCAAUACUGACAAAAAGUAUUCCCGAAAAGCUGGAGCAGGGAGGAGUACCGCCAACUGACAUCGCCAACGUUGACGCCAGCCUUAAUAGUGAGGCCUUUUCAGGGAGAGGUUUACAGAAGGAGCUGUCUAAAAAGAUAAUCUCUAAAAAAGAGCGGCGACUGCUGAACACCGAGAUUGAUUUCAAUAAAUGUAACCGUUUUGGGAAACUGUGCUCCCCGUUCCAGGCCUUGGCCACUAGCGAAGUGCAGGAAUUCACUCUGCCCAGGAACCUGCCUUUGAGAAUGAGAAGUAACAGUGGAGUGGGCACAGAGGGGCCAGACUGGGCAUUCAGUCAGGGUGCCAAUCCAGGAAAGUCCAGGAAAACCUCUCAAACCUCUCAAGUUAAAACAACGUUGCUUCCUGAGUUGGAUAAAUUGUCGAGGCUCAAUGUGGUAUGACGAGAGUGCUGCCCAUUCCUUUCUGGGUAUACACUGAAUCCACUUCCCUAUCAGCAGCACUCUCCGUUGGUAACAUAAAGGUGCCUCACGUCUGAGACCGUCGAGUUCAGGUUGCUGUGGAUUACAGCUGUGUCUUGGCCGGACAAGCAUAAUAUGAGUUACAGUGCUCAUUGACAAAUGGGCCAGAGAUGACUUAUCCCUGUUCACGCACUUACAGUUUGCAUUGAAUUGUCCCCAUUUGUACAUUACACCAAGAACACCAGCAAAUUGUUACCAGUAAUGAACUAAUUCAGCAUUUUGUGAUAAUUCCAAACAACAUUUUGAUGUUUAUCGAUGCACAAGAUUUUUCUGUGCCCAUGGCUGCGAUGCUACAUGCUAUUUAAUGUCUAGAUACCUAUUAACAGGAUUUUUUUCCCAGUAGGAAGCAGAUUUUUCAGAACACGUAAUAUAUCAAUAUCUAUAUAAUGCAGCAAGUGCUGUUUUAUGGCAACCAAAUUAUUUAUAAUGCUAGUUAAAAAAGGUGAAAUGUCCUGGUGCCUGGUGCGUAAUAUUAUAGGGGUUAAAGUGAGAAUUCAAGGUAAAUUCUUAGUGAAUUUUAGAUUUGAGAUCAAAAUCAUGUUUUGUUUUGUUUUCUUUCCGGUUUUUUUUUUGCUUAUGUAUUUUAAUAAUUAUACCUUUCCCAAGCACACUUUCCCUCUGUGCUGGCUCGGUGUCUUCCUCCAGUGAUGUCCCUUCAAUAAGGAACCUAAUGUGCAGUGUGUGGAUGUCCAAUUCACAGGGUUAAACUGUGUUAGAAUGCAGCAAGCGAUUCUAGUGGCUCUCUGGUAGACAAACAGUAAAGGUUAUCUUAACCCUGCAUUGUAAAUACUGCAGUUUCUCUGUAAUCAGAGUUAAGGGGACAGGGGCACUUGACCCAGACCUCUUCAAUAAGAUGAAUUGGUCUGGAUGCUUAUAGUGUCCCUUUAAGCUCUGCCCAUGAAACAAUUAGCCAAAUAUCACGCUCCUUGUUACAAAA